ACAGCCAGCUUAUACUAUUGAACAUAAUUUGUGUAUGUCGUACUUGCUUAAGGCACUUUACAAUCAUAUAUGAUAAGGUAGAAAUAAUCAUUGAGUAUUGUUAUUCGACAGUAGCCGGACGUUAAAUAUGCGACCACAAACACAUGUUUUGUUUUUCAUUAUUCUCCUUUACAUAUGUGGAGGGUUAUCAUUGGAUUUCAAAGUAGUAGACCUUACACACGAUCACAGCAAUACAACAAUAUACUGGCCCGGAAAUCCAGAAUAUAACUUUACAAUCCUAGCUCGUGGAAAUACGACCGGCGGAUUUUGGUAUGAAAGUAACUACAUUGGUACAGCAGAACAUGGUGGAACACAUCUAGAUUCACCUGCACACUUUUACAAAGACAGACUACGGACACACAACAUUCCAAUAGAAAAUUUGGUCGGUCCGGGAGUAAUUAUUAACGUUAAGAAUAAAGCUGCGGCGAAUGCCGAUUAUCAGGUUUCGAUUGAUGAUUUAAAACAAUGGGAAAACAUUUACAAACAGAUUCCGGAAAACGCCAUUGUCAUUAUGAAUUCAGGCUGGAACGACCGCUACCCGAACGCAUCCCUUGUAUUCAAUACAGACAGUCCCACUGAUUCAAAUACAUUUCACUUCCCCGCCUGGCAUGAAACAACAAUCGAAUGGCUUAUUAGUAAACGUUCAGUGAACGUCGUUGGUGUAGACACACCGUCAACUGACUUUGGACAAUCUAAAACAUUUCCGGUUCAUAUUCUCUUAGGUCAAGCCAAUAUUCCGGGUGCAGAAAAUGUUGCAAAUCUGGACGCUAUACCAGAAGCAGGGAGUAUUAUUUUUGUUGCCGUGACCAAGAUAUACGACGGAAGCGGAGGUCCUGCAAGAAUAUUUGCAACUGUUCCCAUCAAUGAUACGAGUUCUGGAUGUUCACAUGAACUUAGUUUUGUAUUGUUAAUGUGCGCCUUUUGCAUUUUUAUUCAAAUCUUUUGAGCGACUGGAGUUAAUUGUUAUUCAAAGCAUGUUGUAAUACUCAAUAAGUUUUCGUCAAAUCGUCAA